AUGGCCUCGUUCACGCGUCUCAUCCGAUUCCUUGCCAAAGACGGGCACGUCUACUACGGCGAUGCCCUCCUCCCCAACGGCAUCACCGACCUAGCCAAAGCCGCGCAAGCCCGCGUCAUCCACGGCGACCUCUUCGGCCAACACCGAGUGACCGAUCAAGUCGCCGACGUGCGCAUGCUGCUCUCUCCGCUCGCGCGCAAGGACAUCGGCACCGUGCGCUGCCUCGGCCUCAACUAUGAACAACACGCCAAGGAGUCCAACCUGCCCAUCCCCAAAUACCCCGUGCUCUUCUACAAGCCCGUCACAGCCAUCGCAGGUCCCCAGGACGAUAUCCCCGUGGCGCCAAUCGCCCAGGAAGGCGAGGGACUCGACUACGAAUGCGAGCUGGUCAUUGUAAUGGGUAAAGAGGCGCGGAAUGUGCCGGAGAGCUCGGCGCUCGAUUAUGUGCUGGGCUAUGCGGUGGGCAAUGACGUUUCGCAUCGGGACUGGCAGAUCAAGCGGGGAGGAGGGCAAUGGGGGUUGGGGAAGGGGUUUGAUGGGUGGGCGCCGUUUGGGCCGGGAAUUGUGUCGGCCAAGUCGAUUCGGGAUCCGAAUGCGUUGCAUAUCGGGACCAAGCUGAAUGGCAAGGUGGUGCAGUCUUCUUCGACCAAGGACAUGAUUUUCAAUGUGGCCAAGACGAUUGCGUUUUUGUCGCAGGGCACUACGCUGCUUCCCGGAGAUCUGAUCUUUACUGGAACGCCAGAAGGUGUGGGCAUGGGCCGAAAGCCUGCCCUGUGGCUCAAAGAUGGCGAUCAAGUCGAUAUCUCCUUGGAGGGCGUGGGAACAAUCAGCAACCGUGUGGUCUUUGACAAGGCCACAUCCAAGCUCUAA